AUGUUGAACCAGGACAUGGAACAGGAUAAUGCAACAUUGUUGACAGAGUUUGUUCUCACAGGACUUACAUAUCAGCCAGAGUGGAAAAUGCCCCUGUUCUUGGUGUUCUUGGUGAUCUAUCUCAUCACUAUUGUGUGGAACCUUGGUCUGAUUGCUCUUAUCUGGAAUGACCCAGAACUUCACAUCCCCAUGUACUUAUCUCUUGGGAGUUUAGCCUUUGCUGAUGCUUGGAUAUCUUCCACAGUAACUCCCAAAAUGUUGUUUAAUUUCUUGGCCAAAAACAGGAUGAUAUCUCUUUCUGAAUGCAUGAUUCAAUUUUUUUCCUUUGCAUUUGGUGGAACUACAGAAUGUUUUCUCUUGGCAACAAUGGCAUAUGAUCGCUAUGUAGCCAUAUGCAAACCUUUACUAUAUCCCGUGAUUAUGAACAAUUCACUAUGCAUACGGCUGUUAGCCUUCUCAUUUUUAGGUGGCUUCCUCCAUGCCUUAAUUCAUGAAGUCCUUAUAUUCAGAUUAACCUUCUGCAAUUCCAACAUAAUACAUCAUUUUUACUGUGAUAUUAUACCACUGUUUAUGAUUUCCUGUACUGACCCUUCUAUUAAUUUUCUAAUGGUUUUUAUUUUGUCUGGCUCAAUUCAGGUAUUCACCAUUGUGACAGUUCUUAAUUCUUACACAUUUGCUCUUUUCACAAUCCUAAAAAAGAAGUCUCUUAGAGGCGUAAGGAAAGCCUUUUCCACCUGUGGAGCCCAUCUCUUAUCUGUCUCUUUAUAUUAUGGCCCACUUCUCUUCAUGUAUGUGCGCCCUGCAUCUCCACAAGCAGAUGACCAAGAUAUGAUAGACUCUCUAUUUUAUACAAUCGUAAUUCCUUUGCUAAAUCCCAUUAUCUACAGUCUGAGAAAUAAGCAAGUAAUAGAUUCAUUCACAAAAAUGGUAAAAAGAAAUGUUUAG